GCAACAACCGGCCGGUGACAAUCCGAAUCGACAAAGGCGAGCGUAACUGGAGCGGGAGCUUGGCUUCGUCGGAUCAGGAUCCCAGUUCGGAUUUUUGUGCGUUUUGUAUAUUCAGGAAGAAACGCACUUCCGGAGGAACACAAGCACAGAGGUGAAAAUCCACGGCUUUAUUUUAUUAUAUUCAGCAACCAUGGAACGAUCUAGAAAAUCAUCUUCAAAUCUACAAAAUUAUCGAAUACCAAAGAAAGUAUCAAACACACAGCCAGAUGAUCGCCAUAUUCAAUCUCCAUUGUCAAGAUUUGAAGAAAUUCACCAGUGGCAACAUUCAUUUGAAGGGUGGGCAUCAAGAUCAAGGAAUAAAAAGAUUCAGUCAAACUGGAAGAAGAAAAGCUAUUGCAAUGGUGAUGAAGGAUCAGUAUUGGGGCAACCCAAAGUUAUCUUGACGAAUAUCCUGGAGACGGAAUUAGGAAGAAAAUACAUAAAGACACAGUUUGUAACUGAUCCUAAUUUAUCUCAUGCUAUCAAGUUGCAGUCAGAUCAACAAACCUCAUCAUCUGUUGACUCUCUAAAGAUAUGGCACAUAAUAAGUCCUCUUCACCAACCCACUUUUUUAUCAGAAAGGCAACCUAAAGUUAUCUUGACGAAUAUCCUGAGGACAAAAACAGGAAGAAAAUAUAUGCAAAGGCACCUUUUAACUAAUCCUAAAUUAUCUGAUGCUAACAAGCUGCAAUCAGAUGAACAACCCUCCUCAUCUAUUACCAGCCUAAAAUCUUGUCAGACAAUAAGUUCUCAACAAAGCUGUAUUUUACCUAAAAGAUAUGAAAGAUAUCCAAAAAGAUCAUGUGAAUGGAAACAAUCUAAAGAUACAGAACUUAGUAAUGCUUUGCAGACUUUAAAAAAACGUGAUGUAUUGCUAGACUGCAGCACCAAGAAUAAAGGACUCAAGGCAGAGAAAGGACAAGAGAACUCUAUGAAUCUUUCUCCUUGUUUGAGGAAGUCAAGCUGUCAGAAUAAUGAAAGCAGAAAAAGAAGGUGUGAUGUUUUCCCUAACCAGUGGAUUGAAGCUUCUCCACAAAAAUCACUACUGAAAGAACACAGGACAGAAUCAGUUCAAUCACCUGGCUACCAAGAUUCAAGCAAGAACCACCAGAAUCAUAUGCACAAUCUACAGCAGGAAAAUAUUCAUCAGCCUUUGGAAUCAGAUUGUAAUGAAACAUUAAAUUCCACUGAUUUAGACAUUACUGGCUGCUGUCCAAGUAAAAACUAUCCAAACUCUUCUCCCAAAAGAAAGCCACAUUCUUUCACCAAUAAGGAUAAAAGUAUUUUGCCUGUAGUCAGCUCUGCUGUGAAGGAGAAAGGAGAAACUUUGCCACUGAGAAAGCCAUUGAAAAAAAUGGAAAUGAAUAAAGAGAUUGCUGAGUCAUCUGAGCCAAUUGUCCUUUCUAGUGAUGAAGAAGAAGAAAUUGCUGAACCUCAGGAUCCAGAGACACAUUUCCAGACUGGGAAAGGCCAUGAACUGGAGAAUAAUGAUAAAGAACAGGAAACUGUUCUACAUUUGUCAGAAAAUCUGUCACAGUAUGUGACUGAAAGCAAAGCAAAACAAGUAUCAGCUGAUCCACUUGUUCUUCAUUCCUCUGCAGAUCAUAGCACCAUCAGUGAGCAGGUGCCCCUUGCCUUAGAUAUAAAGUUUGAAAGGCUUUAUUUUGGACAAUAUGAAGGAGCAGCAGCAGGAUAUGCUACAUUUACCACCAGCUGCUUUACAAUCCCAUUUGAAGUUGCAGUUAACAAGAAAAUUGAACUCUCAAUAGAUUCCAUGCAUUUAAAAAAGUUUGGACUGUGGACAAAUAAAGAUUUGUCAGAUUUUGGGACUGUCAUUUUCCUUUGGCUGUCAUUAGAUUAUAUGGAACAAGUUGAAAAUCAACUAGGAACAACUAUAUUAAAUAAGCAAGUUAGAGGUAGCAAAUUCAUUUUUAUUCAGCUAUCUCAGAUGCUCACAGAAGUGGAGCAGGUAAUGCUGAACAGGAUAAUUGUGGAAGUAAGCAUGAAAAUUAACUCCGCAGAUCUUGUCGACUUUUUACCUUGGCAGCAAGCCAUUGAAGAAAUCUCAAAUGAAGAAAAUUCUUUCAUGCACUAUUGCUACAACACAUGUCAGAAGCUCUCAGAAAGGAGCAGGACUUCAGUUCUGGCAGAGCAACCCCCUGAGGAAAUCAAAUCAAAUGUCAACAAGCCCAGUUAUACCUUGCUGCAGAAACGAUAUAGUGGACAAUAUUCCUUUUCUAUUUAUUCUGCGAACGGAAAUGGAUGGAACGAGUUUCAAGAGACUGGACCUAUGAAGAACUUGAUUGUUUAUCCUCCUCCACCUGCAAAAGGAGGACUUGGUGUUACAAAAGAGGAUUUGGAGUGUUUAGAAUAUGGAGAAUUCCUAAAUGAUGUCAUCAUUGACUUUUAUCUUAAAUAUCUGCUGUUAGAAAAAGCUCCUAAGGAACUUGCAGACCGGUCACACAUAUUUAGCAGUUUCUUCUAUAAGUGCUUGACUAGGACAGAGAAGAACUCUGAAGAAAAUCCAAAACUUUCAAUAGCACAAAGAAGACACCGAAGAGUAAAAAGGUGGACUCGAUAUAUAAACAUUUUCAAUAAGGAUUACAUUUUUGUGCCUGUAAAUGAACAGUCUCAUUGGUAUAUUGCAGUAAUUUGCUUCCCUUGGUUAGAAGAAGUUAUAUAUAAGGAUUGUGAAAAGCAACAUUUGUCACAAUCCUACUUCCAGCAAUUUCCGCAUCAUCCAGAAAGUAACAAUGGAACAGUUAGAAAAGAAACUGUUUUGGUCCUUAGUGAUAUCUGGUGUGAUACUGAAGAGCUAGAUAUAAAGAGCAACCUGCAUCCUGAAGAUGAAAUUCAACCAGGAACUCUGGCUUCAGAAUUAAAUUCCAAAGUUUCCAAA